AUGGAAUUUCACUACAAAGCAGUACUGCCAAACCCAACAGCAUCAAUUGCUGGUCCAACCUUCAUUGGUGGUGGCGGCGGCGAUUCGUUUUCCACUGGUCUUGGUACUUCUGGUGGAGUGCUGCACCUAAUCAAUGCCCAGUUCACGCCUUCAAAGAAAGGAUGCUGUUUGAUCUCAGUUGCGCCUCUUUUAACCCCGAGACGAUGGUGCGAGUGGGAGCAUGAGUUGCAAAGGGGAUUGGCCAGAAUCGAUGGUGAUACGGCGUGGAGAGGAAAAGCGGAAUUCGGUGGAAUUGGUGAUGGAGGGUUAAUCAGCAGGAACGAAAGGGUAUGGCGUGGAAGGAGUUGUGAGAGGGAGAUGAGUUAUGUUGACGAGAAGAUGUUGUUCGGGAAUAGAAACAAAGGCGGAGAAAUGGGAGUUGCGAGAGGGAGUUUUGGAUGUGGCUAG